AUGGGAGGAAAUAUCGACAGAACAAUCAAUGUUGGCACAAGCCCACCUGUAUUUAGACUGCAUGGUCAAAAUUUCCAUUUAAUGGGGAGCUUGCUGCCACAACAAGGUCAAAGGCCGAAGUUUGCCCAGUUGUAUAUUUACGACACUCAGAAUGAAGAUUCCAAUAGAUUGAAUGCAGUCGGAGACAAUGAUACUACCAACAGAUUGCAUCUUGAUAUUGUUCAAAAUAUUAAAGAUGCUUUGGUUGAAAACAAUGCAUUCGUGAAGAAAUUUCGCAAUGCAAGUGAGCAUAUUCAGAAGGAUCCUACAACAGAGAUCAAAAUCAAAUUUAUAGGUAAGAUAUCAAAAGAUGCUAGGACAUAUAACUUGCCUCAAGUUCAAGAAGUUGCCGCUUUGAUUGUUGGUGAUAUAGAUCCAGAUAUGGGACAGCGCGACAUUUUGGUGGAAACUAAUUCAGGCCAUCUUCAAAGAAUUAAUGAACUGAAUCCGGCUUAUCUACCGAUACAGUAUCCACUGCUAGGUGAGGAUGGAUACAGAGAAGAUAUCCCGUUUGCGGACAGUCUUGAUCGGGCAUCCACAGCAAGAAAUCGUGUAUCUCCACGUGAGUAUUUCUCUUUCCGUUUGCAAGAUAGGUUUGAUCACACAUCAACAUUAUUGUAUGCAAGAAGGUUGUUGCAACAAUAUAUUGUUGAUGCUUAUACUAUGAUAGAGUCUGGCCGUUUAGUCUACAUUAGGACACACCAAAAAUCUUUGAGAUGUGAAUCUUAUAAGCGCUUGACUGAUGCCCUGACUAAUGGAGAAGUAGAUCCUACUGCUCAAGGAAAGAGGAUCAUAUUGCCAUCUAGCUUUACUGGAGGUGCCAGAUAUAUGAUUCAAAACUACCAAGAUGCAAUGGCUAUUUGCAAAGCUAUGGGUUAUCCUAGCCUCUUUAUUACUUUUACAUGUAAUCCGAAGUGGCCCGAGCUAGAGAGGUUUUUAAAAGCACGCAAUUUAAAGGCGGAAGAUAGGCCAGAUAUCAUAUGCCGAGUUUUCAAAAUGAAGCUAAACGCUCUUAUUUCAGAGAUUCGGAAGAAUAACAUUUUUGGAGUUGUUUCAGCAGUCAUUUAUACUAUUGAAUUUCAGAAGAGGGGGUUGCCGCAUGCGCAUAUUUUGGUAUUCUUGACAAAGAAUGACUCUCCUAAAACCCCAAAAGAUAUAGACAUGUGGAUAUCUGCUGAGAAUCCAAAUGAGAUAUGUGAUCCUGAGUACUACAAAGCCGUUCAAGAAUUCAUGAUGCAUGGUCCUUGUGGUUCAUGUAGGAAGAAUUCACCCUGCAUGGUAAAUGGUCGUUGUUCUAAAUUUUUUCCAAAGAAAUAUGUUACAACUUCAGUCUUGGAUCGUGAUGGAUAUCCAAUUUAUCGUAGGCGUGACAAUGGCCGCACGAUAAAGAAGAAUGGGAUCGAUUUGGACAACAGAUAUGUUGUGCCUCAUAAUAGGUACUUAUUGAUGAAAUACAAGGCUCACAUUAAUGUAGAAUGGUGUAAUCAGUCAAGAUCAAUUAAGUACUUAUUCAAGUACGUCAACAAGGGAAAUGAUCGAGUAACUGCUGAGUUCUACAAUAGUACCGUUGACGAAUCAACUGGGAAAGAAAUUGAUGAAAUCAAGAUGUACUACGACUGUAGGUAUAUAUCACCGUGUGAGGCUGCCUGGAGGAUUUUUUCUUUUGAAAUACAGUUUCGGAAUCCUUUAGUGGAACGCUUAAGUUUCCACUUACCAGAUGAGCAAUCUAUUAUAUUCGAUGAUGGUGAUAAUGUUGAUAGUUUCAUUAAUCGUCCGACAGUGUCUCAAAGUAUGUUCACUGCAUGGUUUGCAGCUAAUUUGAAGUUCGAGGAAGCUAGGGAGUUAACCUACGCUGAAAUGCCUAGGAAAUUUGUUUGGAAGAAAGACAAAAGAGAAUGGCAUCCUAGACAAAGAAAUUUUGCAAUUGGAAGGAUUUUCUAUGUUCCACCAAAAUGCGGUGAAUUAUUUUAUUUGAGAUGUUUACUAAAUUUGGUGCGAGGUCCUACAAGUUUUGAAGAAAUCAAAUGUGUUGAUGGAAAGCAGUAUAUGUCAUUUAGAGAUGCAUGUUACGCUAGAGGAUUAAUUGAGGAUGACAAAGAAUAUGUGGACGCUAUUCUAGAGGCAUCACUAUGGGCAACUGCUUAUUCUCUAAGGAAACUUUUUGUCACAUUGUUGACAUCAAGUUCAAUGUCAAAGCCAGAAAUUGUGUGGGAAGCUGUUUGGAUUCAUCUAGCAGAAGAUGCGGAAUACCAAGCUAGAAGAACUUUAGGAUUCCCACAUGUAGUUCUUACAGAUACACAAAAGAAGAACUAUGCAUUGACAGAGAUUGAAAAAUUAUUAACUUCUUGCAACAAGUCAUUACAAGAUUAUCCACCAAUGCCUAUACCUGAUGGACCAAGUAACAGUUUAUUGGUGAAUCCUCUGAUAUAUGAAGAACUAUCAUAUGAUCGGCAACUGUUAAAAGAAGAACAUGACCUAUUGGUGGGAAAGUUAACUGAUGAGCAGUUACUGAUAUACAAUAAAGUUAUGUUUGAUGUGGAUACCAAUAAAGGUGGGCUCUUUUUUGUCUAUGGAUAUGGUGGUACGGGGAAAACAUUUUUGUGGAAGACACUAUCAGCUGCUUUACGGUCAAGGGGAGAGAUUGUCCUAAAUGUUGCAUCCAGUGGUAUAGCUUCACUAUUGCUACUAGGUGGUAGGACUGCUCACUCGAGGUUUGCAAUACCUAUUUCUAUAAAUGAAGACUCAACAUGCAACAUCAAGCAAGGUAGUCCAUUAGCUAAACUCAUUGUCAAAGCAAAGCUAAUCAUUUGGGAUGAAGCCCCUAUCAUGCACAAACAUUGUUUUGAAGCAUUAGAUAAAACAAUGAGAGACAUCCUCAGAUUCUCUAAUUCUUUAAGCUGUAACAAGACUUUUGGUGGUAAAACAGUUGUUUUAGGUGGUGAUUUUAGGCAGAUACUUCCAGUUAUUCCCAAAGGAACAAGACAGGACAUUGUCCAAGCAAGUAUCAAUUCUUCAUAUCUGUGGAAUAAUUGUGAAGUCUUGCGACUUACAAAGAAUCUAAGACUGCGCAGUGUUACAACUGAAGGAGAAAUAGAGAAAUUAGAUACAUUUGCCAAAUGGAUUGCGGACUUAGGUGAUGGAAAGCUUGGUGGUAAUACCGACGAUGAUUGCAAUAUCAAUAUUCCUUCACAGUUCCUAUUGCAAAACAAAGGAAAUCCUAUCAAACAAAUUGUUGAGGAAACAUUUCCUUCAUUUGGUACUGGUGUUAUAGAUCCUGAACAGUUAAAGAGUAGAGCUAUUUUGGCACCAACAUUAGAUGUUGUGGAUCAAGUCAAUGAAUACAUGAACAAUUUAAAUCAAGCAUCAUCAAAGACUUAUCUAAGUUUUUAA